AUGGACCACCUCCACCUGCGCGAGCUGGCCUACCUGCGAGGCUACUCCCUCGUCCAAGGCUACCUGGGCUUCCCCUACUUCUUCGGGAUGGCGGGGCUGCGGGCGGCGUCGCCGGUCCUCUACGCGUACUGCCAGGGGCUGCUCGCCAGCCUCGACGGCGUCCUGCGCGCCGUCUUCACGACGGCCAUCCGCAGCGAGGAGGAGUUCGUGGCCCCCCCGCCCGAGUUCGACCGCCGCGUCGACGGCGGGGUGGAAGGGGCGCUGCGGGGGCUCGAGGAGGCCGCGAAGCUGCCCGGGGUCGGGCCCGAGAUCGCCGCGCGGCUGCGCUGGCGGGCGGCCUUCCUCGCCGCCUGGGAGGGUUUCCUGACCGCGCAGGAGCCCGGCGACGUCGUCGCCGCCUCGGCGAUCGCCGCGCGGGCCGCCGCGAUGCUCGACGCCGCCGUCUUCCAGCGCGCCGAUGAGCCCGUGGUCGCGGACGGCCUCCAGCGCGAGCGCGAGACCGCGUUUUGGGUCAACGUGAUGGUUCCGACCCGCCCGCUCGCGGCGAUCCCUUUUGCGGAGGGGAUGGCGGCCUACCGGACGAUGCUGCGCCAGCUCGCGUCGCUUGGGGUGCUGCCGGGGCUGCUUGGGCUUCGCUCGGUGGUCGAUUUCGUCGAGAGCUUCGCCGCGGAGCAGCCGCUGCUGCCCGUUCGCUGCGUCGCGGUCGCCGUGCUCUUCAGCCACGACGCGAACGAGUCGUUUCUCUACGGGCCCUCCAUCCAGAGCCGGAUUCUCCACCAGCUCGCGCGCGACUACGGGUCCCCGCUUUAUGAUCGCAUCCUCGAGGGCGACGAGGCGAUGUUGGAGGGGGUGGUGCGGUAUCGAAUCCACAAGACGAUGGACCCGCUUAAGGUGACGCCGGACCAGAUGCUCCAACUCCGCCUGCAGACCGUCGAGGUCCUCCGGCAUUGGGCCACGGAGGCCGGGAAGUGCAUUUUGGUCCACCUGGAGACGAUGCUCUGCAAUCGCGGGCUCGCCCAUCAGCGCCUGCUCGGCGCCAUCGCCGGCCUCGCCAAGUUCCAGGAGCUUUCCUACUCGACCGAUAUCACGUUUUUCACGGCCAUGCAGCCCGGGGUGGGGCCCACGGCCGGGGCCGAGGUCAUGAACCUGGGGACCGUCCUCACUUUCUUCGCGAAUAGCUACGUCCUGCGGACGAUGGAGCUGGUUUUGCAGUUCCAGGUGGAGCUCGACCUGCUGAGCCCGGGCGAGAUCCUCCCGGCGCUGUGGUAUAUCAACUUCAUCCAGCGCGCCCAGAUCGAGAACUUCUCGCAACUCUACCUGCAGAGCACCACCAAAAUUCCCGAGAUGCGAAUCAAAAAGAAGACCCGGGUCCCGCUCUACAACCUCGCCCUGACCACUCGCCGGGCGGGGGUGCCGGAUGUCGUCCGGAUCAACCUCCUGAGCGCCGCCCGCAUGCUGACCGACACCGUCUUCCUCUUUGCGUGUUUGGUGGAAGGAAAAGGGAUGAUCGACUUCGCCCGGGCCCCCCCGCACGCGCUGAUUUCCGUCGAAAACACCUUCAACCACCGCAUGCGGGAGUGUUUCGGCCUCAUCCGCAGCCCCCCGCUCUCGAGCUACGCGCAGUGCACCAAAGCGCGGCCGGAGCUCACCGGCGAGGACGUCGCCCCGCGGAUCCCCGUCUACGCGCAGAACGCCAGCGACGUCGCCAAGCGCGCGGCCGCCAAGGCCCGGGGGAUUUUACAACAACUCACGGGCAAUGGCGCCGAGCCGGCCCGGCUGAACGCGAUGCGGGCCACCCUCGAGGGCUUCGAGCGCGCGGCGAACACCACCGCGGCGGCCUUGGGCGCCUUCGCCGCGAUCUGCGAGGACCCCAAGCGCCUCGCGGAGCACAUCGCGGUCGUGGAGAAGCCGGGGCUGCCCUAUUUGUUAAAUAUCGGCAUCCAGAAAAGGGUGAAACCGCUUAACGUUAGUAAUAGUUAG